AUGAAGAACCUCGCAGUUCUUGUUGCUGUGAUUCUCAUUUCAUGCUGUGUCACAUCUCAAGUCACAGCAAAAGAUUUGAAGUCAAUUCCAUCACUGCGUAGCGAGAAGCUCGAAUGGUGGUGGCAUUACCAUUACUUCCCUUACUAUCACCCUAAACCAUAUUGGCCGUUCCCCGCCGCUAGAAAGGCCUUGCCGCCACUCCCUGCCGGUUCCAACCACCACUUCCACCCGAUUCCGUUCCACCCACCACCGGUAGUCACCAAAUGCUUGUCUGAUUGCAAGGAGGUAAGAACAUGUCUUGCGGAUGUCGCCAUGGCUUAUGUCACCCGCAAACCCGUUAUAGGAACGGAGUGUUGCGCCUCGAUCGCGAAGAUGGAUGAAGAUUGUGAGAAGACCAUCUUUGGAGCGUACCACAACCCUUACUUUGACUGCCUUGUUAAGCUGUAUUGCUCCACCAAAGCUGGAUCUACUCCAUCUGCUCCCUCGCCGGCUUAG